CUGGAACAGUGAACCAUGGAGUUGUAUUUUGGAGAAUAUCAACAUGUUCAGCAGGAAUAUGGCGUUCAUCUGAGACUCGCAAGUGAUGAGACCAAAAAACCAAGGAAUUCUCAGCACUCUAAGACAGGCUCCUAUGGAGUUAGUAUUAGGGUCCAGGGAAUUGAUGGCCAUCCCUACAUAGUCCUGAAUAAUACAGAGCGGUGUCUAGCAGGCACAUCUUUUUCUGAAAAUGGGCCAUCAUUUCCAUCUCCAGUGAUAAAUAAAAUGCCUGUACAUUCCAGCAAUGGGUCUGUGCUAGAGGAGAACAGUGCAGAAGAAUUACAGCUCCCAGAAAACCCAUAUGCCCAGCCCAGCCCAGUAAGAAAACUGAAACAGCCUUCUCUCAGUGAGUGCAAGAAUGGAAUUCUAGAUCGCAAAGAUGGGCCAGUGAAGCCUUCCCAUGUGCUGAACUUUCAGAGGCAUCCAGAGCUUUUGCAGCCCUAUGACCCUGAAAAGAAUGAGUUGAACUUACCAAAUCAUCAACCUUCUGAGGGUAAUUGGUUAAAAACUUUAACAGAAAAAGGUACCAACAAUAAGAAGCCUUGGACUUGCUUUUCCAGAUCUAGCAAUCCCCAGACUCCCAGCCCUCCCUUGGAAGACCAGGCCCAAUCCAAUGUGACAGCCAUUCGCUUAUGCAGCUCUGUGGUCAUAGAUAACCCCCCAAAGCAGACCUCAGUGUGUGUAAAUGUUCAGAGCUGCACCAAGGAGGCAGUGGUGGAAGAAGCCCUUUCCCCCAGCAGGAGACCCCUAACUUCCCACAGCCCACAUGCUCACAACGAAACUAAGAAAACCAGGCCAGAUGUUCUUCCCUUCCGGCGACAAGACUCAGCGGGACCCGUCCUGGACGGAGCUCGGUCACGGAGGUCCUCCUCGUCAUCAACAACUCCCACUUCAGCCAACUCUUUGUACAGAUUUUUACUUGAUGAUCAGGAAUGUGCCAUCCAUGCUGAUAAUGUCAAUCGUCAUGAAAAUAGAAGGUAUAUCCCGUUCUUGCCAGGAACUGGGCGGGAUAUUGAUACAGGAUCCAUUCCUGGUGUGGAUCAGUUAAUUGAAAAAUUCGAUCAAAAAUCUGGGCUUCAGAGAAGAGGAAGGUCUGGGAAGCGAAACAGAAUCAAUCCAGAUGACAGGAAAAGAUCCAGAAGCGUGGAUAGUGCCUUUCCUUUUGGUCUCCAAGGGAACUCAGAAUACCUAACGGAAUUUAGCAGGAACUUGGGCAAGUCGAGUGAACACCUCCUCCGCCCAUCCCAGGUGUGCCCGCAGCGGCCACCGGUGCAGGAGCACCGUGGGAAACAAAGUGUGGCCCGCACCUUUGCAAAGCUGCAGGGGACAGCUCAUGAUGUUCAGUGUGGGCCCCCCAGGGCUCCCCAGCAGAACACAGACGGCAGAGUUCCGGAAAACAGAGAUGGUCAGGAAAGUGUGAUGAUUUGUGCGUCCUCUCUCCCAGCACAGAGUAAAAAGGAGGAGGAAAUAAAAACUGCCACUGCUACAUUGAUGUUACAGAACCGAGCUGUAGCAACUUUGCCUGAUUCUGGUGCCAAGAAAAUUUCUGUGAAGACGUUUCCUUCCACCUCUAAUACUCAGGCCACACCGGAUCUCUUAAAGGGCCAGCAGGAGCUCACCCAACAAACCAAUGAGGAGACGGCCAAGCAGAUACUUUACAAUUACCUCAAAGAAGGAAGUACUGAUAAUGAUGAUGCCACUAAAAGGAAAGUCAACUUGGUCUUUGAGAAAAUCCAGACUUUAAAGUCUCGAGCUGCAGGGAAUGCACAAGGAAAUAAUCAAGCUUCUAAUUCCUCAUCUGAAGUCAAAGAUCUAUUGGAACAGAAAAACAAGUUAACUAUAGAAGUGGCUGAACUUCAGAGACAACUUCAACUGGAAAUCAAGAAUCAACAGAACAUCAAAGGAGAGAGAGAGAAAAUGAGAGCAAACUUGGGAGAUCUCCGAAGCCAACUCGACAGUCAGGUGGAGGAGAACUCCGCAUUGCAACGACGACUGGAAAAAAGCGAAGGGGAGCUCCGGAAAAACCUGGAGGAGCUGUUCCAGGUGAAGAUGGAACGGGAACAGCACCAGACUGAGAUCAGGGAUCUCCAGGACCAGCUCUCAGAAAUGCAUGAUGAACUGGACAGUGCUAAACGAUCUGAGGACAGGGAGAAAGGGGCUCUGAUUGAGGAGCUCUUACAGGCAAAACAGGAUCUUAAAGAUCUGCUGAUAGCCAAAGAGGAGCUAGAAGACCUCUUGAGAAAGCGGGAGCGUGAACUCACGGCCCUGAAGGGGGCCCUGAAAGAAGAGGUUUCCAGCCACGAUCAGGAGAUGGACAAGCUGAAGGAGCAGUACGAUGCGGAGCUGCAGGCCCUGCGGGAGAGUGUGGAGGAAGCAACCAAGAAUGUCGAGAUCCUGGCCAGCCGGAGCAACGCUUCAGAGCAAAAUCAGGUGGGGGCUGAAAUGUGCGUGAAGGUUCUGAAAGAGGAGAAGGAGAAGAUGCAGGGAAGAAUUAGAGAGCUGGAGCAGACAGUCGCUCAGCUGCAGAGGCAGAUUGAUGACAUGAAAGCCGAUGAAGCCAAAGCGAAGGAAACCCUCAAGAAGCACGAGGGAGAAACACGGCAAUUGGAGGAGGCCCUUGUGCAUACCAGAAAGAAAGAGAAAGAAGCCUUGUCAGCCAGAAGGACCCUUGAGAGUGAACUAGAGGAUGCACAGAGAAAUCUGAGUCGGACCACGCAGGAGCAGCAGCAGUUGUGUGAGAAGCUAAAGGAUGAGACUGAGCAGAAGGAGCAGUUAAGAAGGCUGAAGAACGAGAUGGAGAGUGAGCGUUGGCACCUCGACAAGACCAUCGAGAAGCUGCAGAAGGAGAUGGCCGACAUUGUUGAGGCGUCCCGCACAUCAACGCUGGAGCUCCAGAAUCAGCUGGAUGAGUACAAGGAGAAAAACCGCAGGGAGCUUGCAGAAGUGCAGAGGCAGUUGAAGGAGAAAACUCUAGAGGCAGAAAAGCACCGAUUGAUGGCCACGAAAAUGCAGGAUGAGAUGCGCUUGAUGGAGGAAGAGUUACGGGAUUACCAGAGAGCUCAGGAUGAGGCGGUCACGAAAAGGCAGCUCCUGGAGCAGAUGCUGAAGGACCUGGAGUAUGAGCUGGAGGCCAAGAGUCACCUCAAAGACGACCGCAGCAGACUUGUCAAGCAGAUGGAGGACAAGGUGUCUCAACUGGAGAUGGAACUGGAAGAGGAAAGAAACAACUCGGAUUUGCUGUCUGAGAGGAUCACUAGGAGCAGGGAACAGAUGGAGCAGGUGAGGAGUGAGCUUCUGCAGGAGAGGGCUGCGAGGCAAGACCUGGAAUGUGACAAGAUUUCCCUGGAGAGACAGAACAAGGACUUAAAGAGCCGGAUUAUCCACCUGGAAGGCUCCUACAGGUCCAGCAAAGAGGGGCUGGUGGUGCAGAUGGAGGCCAGGAUUGCAGAGCUGGAGGACCGUCUGGAGAAUGAGGAGAGGGACCGGGCCAGCCUCCAGCUCAGCAACCGGCGGCUGGAGCGGAAAGUAAAGGAACUGGUAAUGCAGGUGGACGAUGAGCACCUGUCGCUGACUGACCAGAAGGACCAGCUGAGCCUGCGCUUGAAAGCAAUGAAGCGGCAGGUGGAGGAGGCCGAGGAGGAAAUCGACAGGCUCGAAAGUUCUAAGAAGAAGCUGCAGAGGGAGCUGGAGGAGCAGAUGGACGUGAAUGAGCAGCUGCAGGGGCAGCUCAACUCCAUGAAGAAGGACCUCAGACUUAAGAAGCUGCCGAGCAAAGUGCUGGAUGACGUGGACGAUGACGACGAUGACCUCAGCACAGAUGGGGGGAGCCUCUAUGAGGCGCCGCUGAACUACGCCUUCCCCAAGGACAGCACUGCCGCCAGCCAGGUCUGAGGCCACGUCAGGGCUGUUGAAGUGGCCUGUUGCUUCCAACAGGAACUCUGAAGCUGCCAGAGCAAGAGGCAGGAAAGGAGUGUCUGGGUGGAGAGCCAGUGCCACUCUUCGCACAGUGUGACAGCUCCACGAUGCUGCGCUCCUCCCCUGGGUCCUGAGAGGGCGAGUGGCUCUUGCAUCUUAGGGAGAUGCAGCAGUUUAAAAUGUUGAGAUGCCUGAGGAGCAGGAGCCACCAGCCUUUGGGGUGUUUUGGAAAAUAGAAUUUGAUAGGAUGCAGCCCCUGUUCUGCACAGCUGUCUCCCUGCACCAUUGACAUUGCUGCUCCUGCCAAGGAAAAGGGUCCAAAGUGCUAGUGAUUUAACAGCCUUCGUGCAGGGGAGGGAAUGAUGUAUAGGUUGUACAUAUUUUAAACCAGACCUUUCCAUGGACCGCUGCUGUUCCAUUUCGGAAUGUUGAGAGGCUUCGCAGGGUGGCUUGUUUGUAAUGUUCACACAUCUAUAUCGAGUAUUCUUUUUGUAAAAUAUGAAGCUAUUAGAUUUAAGUAUUAAGGACCAGAGGCGGGAGAGAGAGGGGGUAGAAUUAAAAGACCACUUUGGAAAUCAGCACUGGAAGAAAGGAAUCGUCAUCAUGACGAUGGACAGCUCGUGCUGAGAGCAGACAUUCAGGUGGUCUGGGUAGACGACUCGCUGACAGAGGGAGAGAAGUCAGGUCACUUGUAUCUAUGGAGCGUAUCUAUUGCCUUGGUUGCUUAUUUUAUCUAGAAUUUUAUUAUAAUUUCUGAACCAUACUGAGACCAAUUCCCAGCAAUUUCUUUGACAUGGGUGGGGUGGGAGACUUGUAAGAAAGGUUCUAACAAAUGAUGUGGUUUCUGGAAGGAUGGGGCCCUACAUCAUGUCUUAUUGGUCCUUCCUCCCUCCUCCCACAGCAGGUCCAAGCUGUGCUCUCUGGGCCCCUGGAUGAGGUGGUUGCAGGAUCGGGGGGAAUAGGAGGCUACAGGUGGGGGGACAGGGUUCACGGACUUAGGUGUGAGGAUGAGGCA